UUGACGACCCGCGACAGCUCGUGGCGGGAGAGUAAACGACUGUUUCGAAACAUACAGAGACCAUACGGUUUUAGAACAAUUUCAUUCUGUACUUUCUUCGUGCUGUUUUUUUCCCCUUUUUUUCUUUUUAUUGACCUCAGGCAGUUGUACAUACUGCCAGUCAAUUAUUUUAUUUGCUUACUUUUCAUUGCUACCCUCUUUGAAGACCGUUUUGUUUAGGCUGCCAGAAAAGGACAUUUAGUCAUGAACUCUUUGAUAUCACUGGCUUUUUUGACAAUGGCGACCAUCUAUAUGGUGGAUGCCAGCUGCCCGGCCGUGUGCCGGUGCCCCUCGGCGCCCCUGGCGUGCCCGCCUGGCGUGAGCUCGGUGGAGGACGGCUGCGGCUGCUGCCGCGUGUGUGCCGCCCAGCUCAACCAGGACUGCAGCGCCGCGCGCCCCUGCGACCACCACAAGGGCCUCGAGUGUAACUACGGCAACGACGCCGCUAGCACGUGGGGCGUGUGCAGAGCCAAACUGGAGGGCCGCAGCUGUGAGUUCGGCGGGCGCAUGCACCAGAACGGCGAGGGCUUCCGCGUGGGCUGCAAGCACCAGUGCACGUGCGUGGACGGCGCGGUGGGCUGCGCCCCGCUCUGCGCCAACCAGCUGCCCCUGGCGUCCGCCGAGUGCCCGUACCCGCGCCUGGUGCGCGUGCCCGGACAGUGCUGCUUCAGCGUGGACUGCCACAAGGGGGCGCUGCCGCCCCUGCUGCCCCCGAAGAAGACGACGACGACGACGACGACGCGGAAGCCGACCAAGACCAGGCCCAAGCAGCAGCAGCAGCAGCAUCAGGACCAGAAUCGCCAUGACAACAAUGACGACGACGGGCAACAGUACGGCCUGACACCGUACCGUCCAGAUUACCAGAACAACAGGGUGACCAACGAGGUGGCGGAGAGGGGAGCGCUGAACUGGGCCGACGAGCAGGGCUACAAGCAUCUGCCAGUCUGGAGUCCCUCUCAGAGGUGUGUGGUUCAGACCACUGAUUGGUCACCGUGCUCCAGCAGCUGUGGAGUGGGCGUGUCCUCCCGCAUCACCAACGACAACGCCCAGUGCAAGCUGCAGAAGGAGACCCGCCUCUGCAACAUCAGGCCCUGCAGCUCAUUGGAUAUCCUCCCCAAGAGAGGGAAGAAGUGCACGCGCACCCGGAGGUCCCCCGAGCCUGUGCGCCUCACCUACGCCGGCUGCCGCAGCGUCCGCCUCUACCGGCCCAACCACUGUGGCGUCUGCGUCGACGGCCGACGCUGCUGCCAGCCCGCCCGCUCCCGCACCGUCCAGGUGCCCUUCCAGUGCCCCGGUGGCACCCGCGUGGCGCGCGCCGUCAUGUUCAUCCAGUCGUGCCGCUGCAGCAGCGAGGACUGCGGCCACCUGAACGAGGCGGCGCUGCCGCCCAAGCGCUGGAUGUACGGAGACACCCACAAGUUCCUGGACUAGAGAGGAAGAGAGGAAGAGAAACGGACGAGAG